AAAGUUAAUAAACUACUCUUCAACUUUAUAUGCUAUUACGCGUUAAAUGUUUAGGCCUAGCAUUCAGCAUGCGAAGUAUUCUGAGGUCUCUCCUCUUUAACUCAAGAAAAAACGUGAAGGCUAAUGUAAACAAGAUUGUCUCAGUCCUUAACGACAUCACUAAAGAAAGACUAAUCGUCCAAGGGACUAUUCUUCAUGGGCAUUUGAUAAAAACAGGCAUUUCAUCUCAGAAACACAUUGCCGUUAAGUUGCUUAUUAUGUACCUUAAAUCCAGAAAACCAAAGGAAAUUGGUCAGAUGCUGAAGGAGUUUGAUGGGUUCAAUUUAGUUGUGCAUAAUUGUCUGAUUACUGCGAAUCUUGAGUGGGGAAAGAUGGAUGAAGCUCGUCGGCUGUUUGAUGAAAUGCCUGAGAGAAAUGAGGUUUCUUGGACUGCUAUAAUUUCGGGGUUUUUGAGGUUUGGAAGAGUUGAUGAGGCUAUUUGCUACUUUGAGAGAAACCCAUUUCAGAAUCUGUUUUCGUGGACUGCAACUAUAAGUGGGCUUGUUCAAAAUGGGUUGAGUUUUAAAGCUAUGAAGCUGUUUGUAGAGAUGCUUCAAUCUGGAGUAAUACCCAAUAAUGUCACCUUUACUUCUGUUAUGAGAGCGUGUGGAGAGUUGAGUGAUUUUUAUUUGGGAACGUGUGUAUUGGGUUUGAUUGUUAAGGUUGGUUUUGAACAUGACUUGUCAGUUUCAAAUUCUUUGAUCACAUUUAACUUGAGAUUGAAUGAUGUUGUUUCAGCUAGGAGAAUUUUUGAUAGGAUGCAGUGUAGAGAUGUUGUUUCUUGGACAGCGAUACUAGAUAUGUACGUUCAGAUGGGAGACUUGGCUGAAGCUCGUCGCGUCUUUGAUGAGAUGCCAGAAAGAAAUGAAGUUUCUUGGAGUACAAUGAUCUCGAGGUAUAGUCAGAAUGGUGAUGCAGAAGAGGCGGUGAAUCUCUUCCAUCGCAUGGUUCAACAGGGGUAUAAACCAAAUAAGUCAUGUUUUGCUAGCGUAGUAAGUGCAUUGGCCAGCCUGGAAGCUUUGAUAACGGGAAGGAUUGUUCAUGGACAAAUUUUAAAAAUUGGGAUUGAGAGAGAUGCUUUCAUUGGUAGCUCACUGGUUGACCUGUACUGCAAAUGUGGAAGCUCAAAGGAUGGACGUGUAGCAUUUGAUUCGAUAUUGGAGAAGAAUGUUGUUUGUUGGAAUUCAAUGGUCAGUGGUUAUAGCCUCAAUAACCAACUUGAAGAAGCUAAGGAGCUAUUUGACAAGAUACCCCAAAAAAAUAACAUCUCAUGGAAUUCGCUAAUAACAGGUUAUUUAGAAUAUGAAAAAUUCGAUGAGGUAUUUGAAGUUUUCAGUGACAUGCUUCUGUCUGGAGAACAACCAAGUAAGUCUACUUUCUCCAGUGUUAUAUGUGCUUGUGCGAGCUUAGCUUCAUUAGAAAGGGGGAAGAACUUGCAUGGUAAGGUCAUUAAACUUGGCUUUCACUCUGACGUUUUCGUGGACACUGCCCUUCUAGAUAUGUAUGCCAAAUCUGGUAAUGUUGAAAGCUCUAAGAAAAUCUUCAAAAGGAUGCCCAAACGUAACGAGAUUUCCUGGACAGCUAUGAUUCAAGGGCUUGCAGAAAACGGCUUUGCAGAGGAAGCACUUGCUGUAUUUGAAGAAUUUGAAUGGACGAAGUCCAUUACGCCUAAUGAGCUUAUUCUUUUAGCAGUUUUAUUUGCUUGUUCCCACUGUGGUCUUGUAGACAAAGGACUCCAUUACUUCAAUUCAAUGGAAAAGGUCUAUCAUAUGCAACCGAAUGCUAGACAUUAUACCUGUGUAGUGGACAUGCUGUCUCGUUCAGGACGCCUUUCUGAAGCAGAGAAGUUCAUCUUGGACAUGCCUUGUGAACCAGAAGUUCAAGCCUGGGCAGCUCUCUUAAGUGGUUGCAAAACAUACAGAAAUGAGAGGAUGGCAGUAAGGGUAGCCGAAAAGAUUUCAGAGCUGGCAGAAAAGCAUCCCGAAGGAUAUGUGUUGCUCUCAAAUGUUUAUGCUUCGGCUGGAAGAUGGUUGGAUGUCUUACACACAAGAAAAGAAAUGAAGGAAAAAGGACUGAAGAAAAGCGGGGGAUGUAGUUGGAUUGAAGUGAGAAACCAACUCCAUUCAUUUUAUUCCCAGGAUGGUUCUCACAGUGAGUCCACAGAGAUUUACGAGGUUUUGGAACUACUGAGGUCAGAAAUGAAAUGCCUGCCUGACACUGUAAUUUUUUGCGAUAACCGUUUGAUUUGAAUUUCAAAUUCGAUGAUCAUGGAUGGCUACGCACUUAGGUCUGUGAUGGACUUGCCUCCUCUAUUCCGUUCAACUUUCAGUUUCAGAUACUUUAACUCGCUGCAGAGCGAAUGCUUUCCAGCUUGUUUCCUAUCGGAUAUGAACAUGGUAAUCUCGGCACCAACUGGAAGUGGAAAAACAGUGCUUUUUGAACUAUGCAUUUUGAGGCUUCUCUCAAGGUUUAUCUCAGGAGAGGGGAAAUUUAUUCACAUAAAGGGGUCUCUGAAGACUAUAUAUGUUGCACCCUCGAAAGCUUUGGUACAAGAGAAGCUUCGCAAUUGGAACCAAAAGCUUGGCUCAUGGGGGAUAAGCUGCCUGGAACUGACUGGGGACAAUGAGUACUACAACAUCAAGGAUAUACAGGAUGCUGACGUAGUUCUUACCACUCCUGAGAAGUUUGAUGCUGUGACUCGUUAUCGCAUAAAAGAUGGAGGCCUGAGCUUUUUUGGUGAUAUUGCAUUGGUGCUAAUUGAUGAAGUCCAUUUGUUGAAUGAUACUCGUGGAGCAGCUCUAGAGGCAAUUGUCAGUAGAAUUAAAAUGCUUUCUCGCAAACCUGAACUGAAAUCAAGUGCUCUAGCUAAUGUCCGUCUUAUAGCUGUUUCUGCAACCAUUCCCAACAUUGAUGACCUUGCGGAGUGGCUCAUGGUUCCCCGGCAAGGAGUAAAAAGGUUUGGAGAAGAAAUGAGACCCGUGAAGUUGACUACAAAAGUUUUUGGAUACACUCCGGCGAAGAAUGACUUCCUAUUUGAAAAGCGCUUACAGAACUAUGUCUUUGAUAUUCUCAUGCAACAUUCUAGAGGAAAAUCUGCUCUAGUUUUUUGCUCAACCAGAAAAGGAGCACAAGAGGCAGCACAGCAGCUCUCUCAGGCUGCAAUGACCUAUGGUCAUUCAAAUCCUUUCAUCAAAAGCAGAGAACAACAAGAAAGGUUAAGGGAAGCUUCACUAUCAUGUAAUGACAAACAAAUGCAGUCUUAUAUUCUUUAUGGUGUUGGUUAUCACAAUGGUGGCCUUUCCAUGAAUGACCGCAGCCUCAUUGAAGGCCUAUUUCUUAAUGGUGAUAUUCAAGUGCUGUGCACUACAAAUACUCUUGCCCAUGGAAUAAAUCUACCAGCGCAUACUGUUGUGAUCAAAUCAACUCAGCACUACAAUAAGGAAAAAGGGAUUUACAUGGAAUAUGACAGAUCAACGGUCCUGCAGAUGUCUGGAAGAGCAGGUCGACCACCUUUUGAUGACACAGGAAUGGUCAUAAUAAUGACCAGAAAAGAAACUGUUCACUUGUACGAGAAUUUAUUAAGUGGAUGCGAACUGGUGGAGUCACAAUUGCUUCCAUGUGUUACAGAGCACCUAGCAGCAGAGAUUGUUCAGCUCACCGUGUCAGAUAUAACAGGAGCAAUUGAAUGGAUGAAAUGCUCAUAUUUGUAUGUAAGAAUAAAAAAGAACCCAGAGAAAUAUGCAGUAAGGAGAGGGCUAAGUGGCGACAGUUUAGAGAGCCAUAUGCAAGAUAUUUGUGUUCAGAAUGUACAUGAGUUGUCAAGGUAUCAAUUGAUUUGGACAGAUGAAGAUGGUUUCCGCUUAAAGCCUCUUGAACCUGGAAGAUUGAUGACGAAAUAUUAUCUGAAAUUCGACACUAUGAAGCACAUCAUGCAAGCCCCUGGGAACUGUAGCAUAGAGGAUGCACUUCAAAUUAUUUGCAGUGCUGAGGAACUUGCCUGGAUACAACUGAGGCGCAAUGAGAAGAAGCUCCUGAAUGACAUAAACAUCGACAAAGACAAUCGGCUUCGCUUUCACAUCCUUGGGGACAAGGGGAAAAGAAAAAAGCGGAUACAAACCAGAGAAGAGAAGAUAUUUGUUUUGGCAAAUGACUGCCUAACGGGGGAUCCUUUAGUCCAUGAUUUAUCCCUUAGCCAGGACAUGAACUCUAUAUGUGCAAAUGGCUAUAGAAUUGCGAAGUGCAUGAAAGAGUAUUUCCUAUUCAGGAAGAACUAUCGAGGAACUUUGAGUUCAGCACUUCUAGCCAAAUCUUUGUAUCAAAAGGUCUGGGAUGACAGUCCAUACUUGCUGAAACAAUUGCCUGGUAUUGGAAUGGUGACAGCAAAGGCACUGCAUUCAAUGGGAGUAAAAUCAUUUGCCUCACUCUCUGUGGCUGAUCCAAGGAAAAUAGAGAUAGUCACUGGAAGAAAAUAUCCUUUUGGGAAUCAUAUAAAAGAGUCAUUACUAUCGUUACCCCCAAAAGUUGAGAUGAAGGUUGAGGAAACUGAGAGCCAAAGGCAAGGGAAGUCCAAGGUUAUGGUAACGCUGACUAGGUUGUCACAACCUGUGCAAACAACUAAACGACAUUAUGCUGAUAUGGUGGUUGGCGUUGAAGAAGAUAAUCUGGUACUAUUUCAUGAGAAAAUAAGGGUGGAUGACUUCCCUAGCCCUUAUAGCAGGACAGUUCUGGUGCCAAGCCCUCAGCAAGGGAAGCUGACUGUUAAAGCAGAUCUGAUAUUUGAUGAAUUUAUUGGUGUGGAUCUCCAUCAAAAGGUUUUAUUGAUAAAGGAGAUUGGCCUUAAUUUUGUGAACAAGUACAGAACCAAGCAGCUUUCUUCGUUCCAAGCCAAUGAUGCCUGCGUCAUAAAGGACACAGAGGGUGCAGCUCAAGCUUCAUGCCAAGUGUCUAACACUUUACCUGAACCUGAAUGGAGCUCAGACAUGCCCAGUUUCAAGCUAAUAGACGAAGAUAUAGAGGAAGUGGUAACUGCUGCUGUGGUUGAAGAUGAUGAAUGCAGAAUCAUAGACAAAAAGACUAUAUUUGACCAUAUACGUGAAAAGGGUAAAAGCCUCCCUGCUUUUACCCCAUUGAAAGGUACAUGUUCACCAUCAUUAGAGACUUUGAAACACAUCAUAAAGCGCACUCGCGAGGAGCAGCUUCUUGUUAAGAAUGCUGGAGUACCGGAAGAAGUGACAAGAACCAAAGUCCCACGUCGCAGCAUGGUCAUUCAAUCUGCAGAAUAUAUCGAUCUAGAAGAAAAUAGACCAUUCUAUAACAAAGAUCAGAGACCAGAUAGCCAUCACGUCUCUAAUGCCAUUUACCUGGCUAGUCCAGGUGAGCUUUCCUUUGAAACUGGGAGUGUUCCAUUUGAAACAGUGGCUGAAGAAAUGGCAUUCGAUUAUAAGCCUAUGGAUUCUAAGAUCUUCCACAGCUUUGAGAAUGUGAAGAACACAGAAUCCAAGUUACUCAGUAUGGCAAACGAAACCUACACAGUGCACCAACCUGAGCAUAAUUCUGCCAUCUUUGGGUUUCAAGAGACAAUUCCAACAAAAGUUGCGCAAAACGCAGUAGCUAAUCUGGAUCUUGAGCCUGUGAACACAAAGCGAAAGGCAAUUAUAGAAAUUAAAGAGGUUGAUGAUUUAACUCUUAAUGGAAACACACCCUGCACUAGUGACAAAACUGACCUUUCUUUAGUGACCUCAAGAAAAGCUGCAGAGGAAAGAUCAAGAUUGUUGUCAUCUUCAGAUUCUUACGUUAAUAUGAAUAAAGUUGGAUAUCCACUACGUUCUCCAAGUUUCCAGGAACAACGGUGCUCUUCUUCAGUACAAGUGGGAGAAACCAGCCAAGCAAAUCCCUAUGGGUUUAAAAGUAUUUUCUCAUUUCUGUUUGAGUGAACGUGGUUGUAUCUAGUAUGUUAAAUCCAAUGCCUUGCUUUUCUCAACUAUAUUGAGAAUAAUGAGAUGUCACUCUUGGAAGUACGCGUAAAAGUGAAAGAUUAGCCGAGAAAACCUGUUUGGCCUCCUUUGCUUUGUUGAAUAAGAUUACUCUCCGCGAUAAUGUUCUUUCAGAAGAAUUUGUAUUGCUAAUGCUAUAUAUGAGGCAUAAGAAUUUGUACACUA